UUCGUGGUAGUUAACAUCCCGUGUAGUGAGUUUACAAGAAUCCCUGCGUGUUUUUGUGGCGUUACUUAAAGACACACACACGAAACCACAUGCAACGCAACAUGAGACCAACGUGCCCCUUCUUGAGCGGUUACGAUGACGUCGGCGGACAAACAAAGGCGUACUCCGCAAAGAAAAGAAAGGUGUGGCGACAGAUGGAUAGAAGUGGAAUUACGUGUGUCAACUCAUGUGUGCGCACAUUACGUACACACCGCCGGCUUUCGGUUUUGCGCGCUUGCGUGUUUAUGUGCAUGCAGGAAUGGAGCGCAGCCGCGUGUGGUAAGAGGAUCAAUAGGUUUUAGCGGAGUGGAGAGCGAAGGCAUGCCUCUUACGCAGGGUCGGGACAUCCCACGCGGGAGGAGGUGGGAGGCAGAGAUAGGCUCAGAUGGUUCAUUGUUGUUGUUUAUUAUCGUUCACCUCCCUCCCUCUUCUCUCUCCCUUCCCCAUUUCCUUACUUUCCUCUGCGGGAUGUUGAGAAAGUAAGCGAGACAAAGCAGAGCGCUUUGCAACAUGCUCGGUCACGCAAAUGCCACUCCUCCUCCUCCUCCUCCUCCUACUCCUCCUCCUCAUCCCGCCGCUGUCGCCCGUCAGCUGUUCUCCAGAGGAAUGACUCCCUGAAGCCGGCUCACCAUGUGGAUGCAGGGCAGUCAUUUCCAGACCUUUGCCGGAAGGAUACCGAGGAAAAAAGGAGCGGCGGUGGCGGCGGCCCCAGAGGGCUCGGCGUGGGUGGCCGCACUGCUGGGAGUCCAUACGCUGCAGUUUUUACACUGGGAUCUAAUCUGCCUUUGAAUAGUGGCUUUUUUUUUUUACAUGAAUUUGAUGGUGCUACUUCAUUUUUAAGUGCUUUUUUUUUUUUUGUGCUACCAAAGACUUCUAUUUUUAGUUUUUUUUUUUUUUUGCUGGACUCGUCUGGUUUACUGGAGCAUGGGACACCAUUCAUGAUAGUGGUGCACACUGUGGGUCUUUGCCCGUGGAUAGAAUCUUAGAAUCCGAAUUGGGAGGAAAAAAAAAAGCUGAGUCAGCCUCAGCAUGAAGCCCGGACUGUGUCCAGGUGUAUCCAGUGACAGAACCAUGAAGCACCUUAGCCGCUUUCCCUUUAGAAGACACUCCUGGAUAUGUUUCGACGUGGACAAUGGAACAUCAUCAGGUCGCAGCCCCCUGGACCCGAUGGCCAGUCCAGGAUCGGGCCUCAUCCUGCAGGCCAACUUUGUCCACAGCCAGCGGAGGGAGUCGUUCUUGUACCGCUCAGACAGCGACUACGACCUCUCUCCCAAGUCCAUGUCCCGAAACUCCUCCAUCGCCAGUGACAUCCAUGGUGACGACAUGAUUGUAACGCCAUUUGCACAGGUCCUCGCCAGCCUAAGAACUGUACGGAAUAACUUUGGUGCAUUAACCAACCUGCAGCAAGACAGAGCAUCUAAUAAGAGAUCACCCAUGUGCAACCCACCACCCAUCACCAAGACCACCUUUACAGAGGAGGCCUACCAGAAACUGGCCACUGAGACUCUGGAAGAGCUUGACUGGUGCCUGGACCAGCUGGAAACCCUGCAAACCAGACACUCAGUCAGUGAGAUGGCCUCCAAUAAGUUCAAGAGGAUGUUGAACCGGGAACUGACUCACCUGUCAGAGAUGAGUCGUUCUGGGAAUCAGGUGUCUGAGUUCAUCUCCAGUACUUUCCUAGACAAGCAGCACGAGGUGGAGAUGCCUUCACCUCAGUCUCAGAAGGACAAGGAGAAGAAGAACAAGCCCAUGUCUCAGAUCAGCGGCGUGAAGAAGCUGCAGCACUCAUCCAGCCUCACCAACUCCAACAUCGCUCGCUUUGGCGUAAAGACGGAGACAGAGGACGAGCUGGGCAAGGAGCUGGAACACGUGAACAAAUGGGGCCUUAACGUUUUUAAGAUCUCGGAAUUCUCCGGGAAUCGGCCACUGACGGUCAUGAUGUACACGAUAUUCCAGGAGCGAGAUUUGUUAAAAACCUUUAAAAUUCCACUGGACACCUUUAUCACCUACCUGAUGACCUUAGAGGACCACUAUCACGGCGACGUGGCCUACCAUAACAAUAUCCACGCGGCUGACGUUACACAGUCCACCCACGUGCUGCUCUCCACGCCUGCGCUUGAGGCGGUGUUCACGGACCUGGAGAUCCUGGCCGCCAUCUUUGCCAGCGCCAUUCACGACGUCGACCACCCUGGAGUGUCGAACCAGUUCCUCAUCAACACCAACUCUGAGCUGGCGCUGAUGUACAACGACGCAUCCGUGCUGGAGAACCACCAUCUGGCCGUCGGAUUCAAGCUCCUGCAGGAGGAGAACUGCGACAUCUUCCAGAACCUUUCCAAAAAACAACGACAAUCACUGCGAAAGAUGGUCAUCGACAUUGUGUUGGCUACUGACAUGUCCAAGCACAUGAAUCUACUGGCUGACCUGAAAACCAUGGUAGAAACCAAAAAGGUGACCAGCUCGGGAGUCUUGCUUCUCGACAACUACUCGGAUCGGAUACAGGUCCUGCAGAACAUGGUGCAUUGCGCCGACCUGAGCAACCCAACGAAGCCCCUGCAGCUGUACAGGCAGUGGACCGACCGCAUCAUGGAGGAGUUCUUCAGCCAGGGCGAUCGCGAAAGGGAGCGAGGCAUGGAAAUCAGCCCUAUGUGCGACAAACACAACGCCUCUGUCGAGAAGAGCCAGGUGGGUUUCAUCGACUACAUUGUGCACCCUCUGUGGGAGACGUGGGCCGACCUGGUACAUCCGGACGCUCAGGACAUUUUGGACACGCUGGAGGACAACCGGGAGUGGUACCAAAGCACCAUCCCCCAAAGCCCCUCGCCCACCCUGGGUGAGCCCGAGGACGGCGGGAGGCACCCGGGCGGGGACAAAUUCCAGUUCGAGCUGACGUUGGAGGAGGACGGCGAGUCGGACACGGAAAAAGAUAGCGGCAGCCAACCGGAGGAAGAGGAUGAAGAAGAAGAAGAGGAGGAAGAGGACGAGGAGGAGGAAAACAGUUGCACGGACUCCAAAACACUCUGCGCGCAGGACUCGGAAUGCACUGAGAUUCCCUUGGACGAGCAGGUGGCGGAGGAAGAUGAGGUAGCGGAGGAGGGGGACACUUCCUGCUCGCAAACGUGUGUGGUGGAGGAGGAAGAAGAAGAGGCGGUCGUGGAGGGGAAGGAAGAUGAGGAAGAGGAGGAGGAGGAGGAGGAGGAAGUGAAAACUCCUGACACAUAACAGCUUCGGGAGUGAUGAACUGCUCUUCUUAGUAAUGAUUAUUUAUAGAAUUUUUAUUUUUCUUGGGGGGCGGGGGGGGUUAUGUUUUUAUCUGACUUGUAUGUUCCCCUUUUGCUGUGUUCUGACACUUCUUUUAAAGAAGCCGUCAACUCAAAAAUUGUCUUUAUAUGUUCUCUACAGCCCCACGAGUCUAAACAUGGCAUUGUAAUUAAUAUUGCGCUUUUUGGAGUAGGAAUUGAGCGGAAAAUCCACCUGUAUUUAUCUCGGGGAUGGCGGCCAUUUUGCCUUGUACUGACACCUGCUGUUGACUGAAAAUGACAUCACAGUGCCCAAGGGCUUAGCUUACGACUGUCAUGGCUCAGCUAAUUUCUGAGUCACUUGACAGUCGGCAAGUUGAGCUUCUUCGGAUCUGUGAUGUCAUUUUCAGUCGACAGCAAGUGGCAGUACAAGGCAAAAUGGCCGCCCCAUGAGAUGGGUAAUAACCGUUGGAUCUUUCUGCUUAAUUCAUGUUGCACAGAUGCAAUAUUAAUGAGAUCAUGUUUAGACGAGUUAGGGUGUAUAGAACGUAUGAUGGUGAAGACAUUUUUUUUUUACUUGAUUUUACGUUCAAGCCUGCUCUAGACUGUAGCACACAAGUGAAAAGAUGACAAUGCAAAAUUUCACGCAUACUCUCACGAGGCCAUUCGAAACGUGUUCCGAGUCCACUUGACUCAGAAAGUCCAAAAUGUUUCGGAGGGGAGCCCUGGCUCGGCACGAUUGAGGCAUGAACAUGCAAUGCCGACGUGUCAUACGAUUAAUUGCGCAAUACAAAAAAUAUAAAAUAAGUCAAUCAAGAACAAAUACAUGGUUAAAAAAAAAAAACACGCACAUGCAAUUCUCAUGUCCUAUGAUGAAUUCUUACGUUCAUAACAAUUGCCAUCUUACGCAAUCAAAAUGAACAGAUCCCCACAAGUUCACUGACGCACGCGCAAUUGACACGUCACGCGAACAAGCGUCUUGCUCAACAGAAACAAACAAAAGGGGGGGGGGGGUGUAAAUCAUCCACCAAGUGGCUCCUCACACCAGUUCACCGCCACUUUGCCCAUUAGAAAUGAAAACGGACGACGAGUCAAAAGGGAGAGACAAGUUGGGGCAAGUGCGGCCACGGUUUCAAAUGGCCUUUCGACUGCAAAAAGGCCUACAGUACGGAUCAGGCUACAACCGCCACACAGCACACGUGAGCGCUGCUCAAACAUGCCAAGUGCACGUCUGGUUUCAACAUGUCCACUUAAUGGUACUCGGUCCCUUUUUCUUUUUUUUUUUCUUUUCUUUUUUUUUUGCACUCAGGAAAACUUUGUAUUCCUGUUCACACUGAGGUGCCGUAUGUCCAUCCUCUGUUCUUCUUCUAUGUUUGCGUGUGUGAUGGCCUUCGGAAACACAUUACGGAUGUGGAAGUCUUCCUUGGAAAGCAGAGAGAUGCUGUCUGUGUCUUGUUGACUUCUGAUCUUUUCUACACUUUUGUUUUACUGAGUGAGAGCAUAUGAUGUCUUUUUUUUCCUCUCUCUCUUUGUGUGUGUGUGUGCGUGUGUGUGUAUGUGAGAGACUCUCGUGAGGCGUUUGCACUUGCUCCAAUAGCAUUUAUACUCCUUAAUAUACUCCCACUCAGCUAACUUGCUCGGACUUUAUGAUUAGCUUUUCUUUCGACGGCGGAGGAAGUGAACUGAAAAAAAAAACAACAAACAAACAAACAAAAAUAAGUUGAAGUGGGGUGAAGCCUUUAAAUCUUCUUGUUGCCUACCGUUCUUUUUGAACACAUCCUGAAACAAUGCAAUGCUUUGUAGUCCAUAAAAUGAAAAAUAAGCACCUUUUUUUUUUUUUUUUAGCUUUAGGUAAUGAAUUUUUGCUCUACGCAACUGGUAACCAUGUAAUGCGAUUAACGGGCUGAUUUUCUUUUUUCUUUUUUGUCACUCCUUGUUUGUUUUGCUUUUAUUUUUUUCAUCACAUUCAAGCCAGUCACACAGUUUUAUUUUAUUUAUUUAUUUGUAUUUGAUUUCUUUUUAAUUACUUUUUGUAUUUUUUUUAUUGUAUCAGAUAUUUUUGUUCCAUUCAAUAUUGUUUUGAUUUUACUUAAGAUGAUGUGAUUUAUUUAAAAUUUGCAUUUAUUUUUUUUUGCAUUUCUCCUCUUUUCACUUAAUAUUUUUUUAUUUUACUCUCACACGCCAACAUGUCUCCCACACUCAUUACACUUUCACAUUUUCAACCAAACCAAUUCCCCCCACCCCUGUUUCCACACAUUUAUUUUUCCAAAUUUUAUUUUUUUUCCUCCCUUUAUUUGAAUCACACAAAAUUGCUACAGUAAAUAAUGGCAGUUUACCGUAGCAUAAAAAAGGUUGCCCGUUCUAAAAUCCGACUAUUAUUCAUUUUUGACCCCCAUCUUCAUCUGUGCACAUAAAUUAUCAACAGCAGUUACCAAAAAACGGAGAGGAAAAAAAAACACACUUGAAGACUGCACACUGAUUUUUUUUACAUUGUAUGUAUUUUAUUUUACUUCAUUUGAGCUCUCAUCUUUUUUUUUCCUUUGCCAAAUUUCUUUUUUCCCCGCUUUUCCAUUUUUCUUCUCAUACUCACACGAUGCCCUUACUUACCUAUAAUACAAUCUUUUUCGGUUUAAUCGCUGUUUACAAACAUGAUAUUUAUUGUUGUGUAUGUACUAUAUAAUUAUUAUUAUUAAUGUUAUUACUAUCAUAACACCGUUUGUUGUAAAUGGUUGACUCUUAAUCAUCCCUUUUGGUGAUGGUGUGGCUGUAAUCGCGUACCUCUUGUUGAGAGAAUGUGUCGGAGAGUUGGGGGGGGGGGGGUUCAUAGGUUGCUUGGGAAGUGGGAGCUAGCCAAGGGGGGGUUUAAGCCAAAUUAUUUUCUUAAAAAAACUAACUUGUUCCUUGGCCCAUGGGCUUUGCCUUAAAUUCAACACUGUCACCCGUUUUUUAUUUUAUUUUAUUUUUUCAUUUUCUUCUGCUGCUGCUGCGUUUGAAAUAUACGGUGGCUUACAGGGAGAAAGUCGCAAAAGUCAAAUGUUCAUGUUGUGUUGGAGUUGGAGCAACGGCAUAUACCAGGAAAAACGAAACGUUACAAUGUGUUACAAUAGUUAUUAAAAUAAUGUCAUCAGAUAGUUGUUUUUUUUUUUUUUUUCCAAAUUCUUCAUGAAAGCAGAUGACUGAAAUUCGGAAACAGACCAGCCAAAAAUUUUAAAGGGUUGUUUAUUUUUAAGUGUUUACUAUACUAUUUUUCAUUUAUUCAAACCAAAUAAUGGCAAUCGAUUCUUUCCCCAACAGUUUUUAUGGAAGCAAAAUGUUAAAACAAAAUUGACAUUUCGAAACAUUUUUCAUUCAUUAAAUUGGCGGAGAAAGAGUGACAAUAAAUCACAGCAUUCGUUCAAACAAAAGAACAGUCAUCAGCUUUUGUAAAAUCUUGGCGAGAAGUGGGGCAACCAUUUUUUUAAAAAUCGACAUAGUAAGAAAAAAAAGUCAAAUAUUUUUAACAUAUUUAGCAAUACUUUGAGUAAAAAUAUUUUAAAAAAUUCAAACAAAAUGUACUGUAAACUUUGCUUUCACAACAUGUACAUUUGUUUUGCUUUUUUGUUUCUGGUACUUCUGGGUCACCGUAGCGAAGGCCUCACCUCUUGAAAUAUUUCCUCCCCCCCCCCGAGUUCAAAGCCAAACUUUUACCCAUGGAAAGCACACAGCCUUAGCGACACACACAUGGACACGCACACAUGCACACAAACACACACCCACACACACACACACACACACACACGCACACGUGCACAUUCAGCCGCUGCUGCAUUAAAUUUGGCUGAAACACUGACAACGUGUGUGUGCGUGUUUCGCUAAUGCACACCCAUCCUUCCUUAGGUCCUUCCUUCCAUCCUUCCUAUUUUCUUUUUUUCCCUGCAUCCCUGGCAAUAGAACCAGACUCUCCAGCUCACAGAGACGCUUCGUUUGACACAUAUACUGUAGAUGCUAAACAGCCCUGGCCCAAUGGAAACAGUCUGUUCUUUUUGUGUGUGUGUGUGUGCGUGUGUUAAUUUUUUUAACGGUAUUAAAGGAAAAACACAAACUGUAACUUAAAAAAAAAGAAAAGAAGAAAAUAAAAAGAUGUUCAGGACAAUUAUUUUUGGGGGGGUCAUGUCUUCAGAAUGCCAACUUGUCUGGACGUUUCACGGGACAAUUCCAAAUGUUAUUUUAAUGGGAUCCUUGUUGAUUGCAGUCUAUUGGAUAGAACUGUAGAGCAUACGACUUUAUGUAUAAAAAGUGAAAAAGAAUGAAAAAAAAUGUUUUAUAUGCAAUGGAUUAAUUAAAAGCAUGGGUUGAUUCUGCCUAA